UAUGACACGAGAAAGCUGGCGUCCUCAACACCCCAAUACCUCUGCCGUCCCAGGCCGCUCUAUAAGCGAUGCAAUAGCAAGUGUCGAUCCUGCCAUGGCUGAACGGAUUGGCUACCUGGGCGCUCGUCCCCCUCCGCCCUCCGGUAUUGAGCCCGAUUCAUCGAAGAAGGUGUAUUGUACCUAUUGGAUUCGGACAGGCGAAUGCGACUACAUGCAGCAAGGUUGCAUCUACAAGCAUGAAAUGCCCGGCGUGGCCAAGCUCAAGGAACUGGGCUUCAAGGAAGUGCCAAGGUGGUGGAAGGAGAAGAAUGCGAUCAUACCAGGGCAGGGCGUGCUGCGUCCUGCAAUCCGAGACCUUUCGUGGAUUCGUCGCGGCGGCCGUUCGGCUGGGGCUGGCUCUGACAGUUCGAGCGAUGAAAGCGAUGGUGCACAGAACGUCCGACCUCGAAGGCCGUCGACAUUCGCGACGAUUCCCACGAUACCAACCGCUACCUUGAAGGCGAAAUCUUUGGAACUACGAAAGUCGCCUCUUCUUGAAGACAUUCCUGAGUUGACAGCAUCUCCCUCGUCUAGUCAAGAUGACUCUAGCUCUUCGACCACAAGCUCCAUACCCCAGAUGCCUCCGAUGUCGCAAAAUCACCGAGAGGAAUCGCAGCGACCAAAGCCAUCUUCAAGCUUGGGUGAUGUUGAUCUCCUAUCCCUCGAAGAUGAACAUAAUCAGUCAUUGGAUGAAACGAUAUGUCUCAUUCCUGAUAAACCUCCUCAACAAGCUUCUGGUCGACUUCAACAAAUUUCCGAUCGCUAUGAGAAUCAUCGUGCAUCCCAGCGGACUGCUUCCGGGGAGUCCGGAGUCAUAGAGUCGACGGUCAAUUCUCCAGCCAGGGCUUUGAAGGCUCGCGUGGCACACCCUAGCACUUCCCGUGCUGGCCGCAAUGUACUCACCGAAGCCGCAUCACCUCCAAAAAUUCUGCCACAGGAAAGGCGUGAGCGACGUUUCAAGAUGAAGGAGGUGCCUAGCACUGGACUUUCCACUUCCAAAUUUGCCGAGGCCGCUCAGGAGGCCCCAAAGGCAAAGGUUACACUUGCUCCUAACAGUCUCGGCGGCGGCCAGCAAGCACGAGAGCAUCUCACCGAAGCUCAACGCAAUGCUGUUAGACAUCAGCAGAUCACUCAUCGUGCUCCACCGGAGGCGGCAGAUGCACCAACUGGCAGCAUGAAACGCCUAUCUCCCCCAUCCAACUCCGGAGGCCGCAAGAAAGCCACACCCAAAACUGUCACUAAAAAGACGACAUUUGUUCCUGCGACAAAAUUCCAAACCGCUGCCCUAUCUACGAAGCUGACAUAGGCUUGUCAGGUAGAUUGAAGGUGAAAGAUGGACAUGGACAGUAUUUCGGUAUGCAGCUUCUGUCACGACGCUUCUCGUGUUGGGCGCUAAAUCAGUCGAGCUGUAUGUUGGCAACUUGAUAUAUCUUGGGAGGGUGUAUUUUUAUCUGGCUUUCCUUUCUCUGCGUACGCUUUCACGACCAUGGAGGAUAGAGGGUAUCGGGAUCUCAGUAUAGAUGUAUCUGAUGAUUGUAGACAUUUGGGUUUCGGUUCUAUAGACUCAAUUCAUUUUGCUCUCGCGAAUAGCUUUUUCAGUCCUAUGCUUUCCUGUAGU